AGGAGCACAAACCCAGCUGACAACGGCCAGCCAGAGCUGAUGUGCACAGCCCCUUCUACCUCUGCACUCCGUGACGCCAGGGCAAGGCAGUCGUGACGGGAAAGGAGCGGCGGCUACCUCAAUGUAGGAUCUGCACAUAGUAGAUGCUCAGUUAACUGGCCGGGCCAUUUGCAACCACAGCAGGAUGGGUCAGUGCCCCCCACUCAGGUGGAAGCGACUCUCCCUCGACCCCGCCCGUCCAUUCAGGCAGCCAGGGAGCGCCCCGGCCCCUCCCGCGGCCCCGCCCCUUCACCUGUGUCGGCCGCACACCUGGAGCCGCCUCCGGAAGAGGGGACCGGAGACAGCGGGGACCUCGGAGGGAGCCCGGCGGCUUCGGCCACCUGUCCCCACAGAUGCUGCAGGUGACAUGAGCUCUCCAGAUGGGCCCAGCUUCCCCUCCGGGCUGCUCUCAGGGGGCGCCUCUCCCAGCGGCGACGAGGGCUUCUUCCCCUUUGUGCUGGAGCGGCGGGACUCAUUCCUGGGAGGGGGCCCAGGGCCUGAGGAGCCCGAGGACCUAGCCUUGCAGCUGCAGCAGAAGGAGAAAGACCUGCUGUUGGCCGCGGAGCUCGGCAAGAUGCUUCUGGAGCAAAAUGAGGAGCUGCGGCAGCAGCUGGAGACGCUGAGCACCCAGCACUUGGAGCGUGAGGAAAGGCUCCAGCAGGAGAACCAUGAGCUCCGGCGAGGCCUGGCAGCCCGCGGAGCCGAGUGGGAGGCCAGGGCCGUGGAGCUGGAGGGGGACGUGGAGGCCCUGCGGGCCCAGCUUGGGGAACAGCGCUCGGAGCAGCAGGACAGUGGGCGAGAACGGGCACGGGCCCUCAGCGAGCUCAGCGAGCAGAACCUCCGGCUCAGCCAGCAGCUGGCUCAGGCCUCCCAGACUGAGCAGGAACUUCAGAGGGAACUGGACACCCUUCGGGGACAGUGCCAGGCUCAGGCACUGGCUGGGGCAGAGCUGAGGACACGGCUGGAGAGUCUGCAGGGGGAAAACCAGAUGCUGCAGAGCCGCCGGCAGGACCUGGAGGCCCAGAUCCGAGGCCUGCGUGAGGAGGUGGAGAGGGGCCAGGGCAGACUGCAGACCACCCACGAGGAGUUGCUGCUGCUGAGGCGGGAGCGGCGGGAGCACAGCCUGGAGCUGGAACGCGCACGGUCAGAGGCUGGGGAGGCGCUGAGUGCGCUGCGGAGGCUGCAGCUGCGCGUCUCCGAGCUGGAGGAGGAGUCACGCCUCCAGGACGCCGACGUGUCGGGUGCCUCGUUGCAGUCAGAACUGGCCCACAGCCUCCACGACGGCGACCAGGGCCAGGGCGCCGACGCACGCGGAGACGCCCCGACCACCCGGUCCCCAAAGACCCGAGAGGCAUCUAGCCCCCAGCCUUCACCCCUGGAAGAGAGCUUAGAGCCCCCCAAGAAGCGAGCAUCCCUCAGCCCAGCAGAGAUACUGGAGGAGAAGGAGGCGGAAGUGGCCAAGCUGCAAGAUGAGAUCUCGCUGCAGCAGGCAGAGCUGCAGUCCCUGCGGGAAGAGCUGCAGAGGCAGAAGGAGCUGCGGGCGCAGGAAGACCCUGGGGAGGCCCUGCACAGUGCCUUCUCAGACCGGGACGAGGCCGUGAACAAGGCCCUGGAGCUGUCUCUGGAGCUCAACCGCGUCUCGCUAGAGCGGGACUCCCUGUCCCGGGAGCUGCUGCGCGCCAUCCGCCAGAAGGUGGCGCUCACGCAGGAGCUGGAGGCCUGGCAGGACGACAUGCAGGUGGUGAUCGGGCAGCAGCUGCGCUCACAACGCCAGAAGGAGCUUAGCGCCGCCGCGUCGUCGUCGACGCCGCGCCGUGCCGCGCCCCGCUUCUCGCUGCGCCUGGGUCCCGGGCCCGCCGGUGGCUUUCUCAGCAACCUCUUCCGAAGGACCUGACGGCUGGGCCCAGGGGGCUGCCCUUGCCCACUUAGGGGUUCACUUUCCUCUUCUGGCCAAUGGAGCGACAGGGCCGAUUGUCUUCCAAAAGAAGCUGAUGCCCUCCCCGCCCCAGGAUGCUGGGCAAGCGCUCAUCGGGAGCAGGGGCUCAUCCGGAGCAGGGGCCAGCUUUGUGGGGCAGGAGUCCCAGGUGGGUGGCAGGGGCAGGUGAACAGAGCUAUUUUCCGAAUCAAUAUAGGUCUAUCUUUUCUAGGGCAGGGAUGGGGCUGGGUAUUUAUGUAUCAAGAUCGGACAGAGUAAUAUAUAAAUCACUCCACUGA